AUGGCCCCGGCUGUUGUGAACAAUCCAGCAGCCACUGAGAAGCAGCUGGAAUCAGCCGAGGACGUGCUUGCGCUGAGGUCCCGGAAGCAGGGGAGAGUCCGGGCAGGUAUGGAGAAAAUGCCGGGCACGUGGAAAUUCCGACCCAAGGAUGGGCAGUUGCAGCUUGUCUGGGGAAGCCAGCGCCACACCACGCCCUCCCCGGCAGGACUGCCACAGUGGGUGGUGGCACUCGAGACAGACCCCGGGGGACUCCUUCAGGAUUGGAUCUGGAGUGGGGUCACGAUGGGAGAAGCCCAAGGGCAGACGCAGAAGCCACUGGAAUGUAACAUCGAUGACAGGCUGUGUGUGGUCCUAGAGCACCAGUAUGAAGUCAUCAUCAUCCCCACGCUGCUGGUCGGGACCUUCAUAAUCCUCCUGCUGGUCAUCCUGUGGCUCCAUUUUCGAGGCCAAAGGGCCCAGCGACAGCAGCCUGGUCUCCAAGGCUUGGCCCCGAUGCCCCCUGCCCGGGGGCUGAGCUGGGAGGCGUCUGGCCUGGCAGAGAACAUCUUUGUACCCUGGAAGGAGACGUCAGUGGAUGGUCUGCUGCGGGCCACCGCCCCGGCCCUGGCCAAGCUGCAGCUGUCGCGGGACCAGAUCGUGCAGCCCCUGGACCAGAUCUGCCACGGCAGCCUCGGGCCCAUCUACCGCACCACCAUGAGCAGCCUGGCCCCGGCCCAGCCCAAGACCGUCAUCCUCAAGGCCUUACGGGGCUCAGUGGGGCUGUACGAGGUGCAGGAUUUCAUGGGCCGGAUCCAGUUCCACCAGUUUCUGGGGAAGCACAAACAUCUGGUCCAGCUCCUAGGCUGCUGCACCGAACAGCUGCCCCUGUACAUGGUGCUGGAGGAUGUGGACCAGGGUGACCUCCUCACCUUCCUCUGGACCUGCCGGCGGGACGUGAUGACCAUGGAUGGCCUCCUCUAUGAUCUGACAGAGAAGCAGAUCUAUCACAUUGGGUGGCAAGUCUUGACAGCCUUGGAGUACCUGCAGAGCAAGCGGCUCUUCCACGGGGACCUGGCGGCCAGAAACGUCCUGCUCCAGAGUGACCUGAGCGCCAAGCUGUGCGGGCUGGGGCUGGCCUAUGAGGUGCACGCCCGCGGGGCUGUGGCCUCCAGCCGCGCCGUGCCCCUCAAGUGGCUGGCUCCCGAGCGGCUCCUUGGGAAGCCAGCAGGCAUCCGGGCUGACGUCUGGUCUUUCGGCAUCCUGCUGUACGAGAUGGUCACCCUCGGCGCCCCACCGUACCCUGAGGUCCCUCCUGCCAACAUCCUGCAGCACCUCCAGAGGAAGCAGAUCAUGCAGAGGCCUGCCAGCUGUACCCCCACUAUGUACAGCCUCAUGAAGUCGUGCUGGCGUUGGAGAGAGGAGGGCCGACCUGCGCCCGCAGACCUCCGCCGGCGCCUGGAAGCCGCUGCUAGUGAUGCCGAUGACAAGGCCGUCCUGCAGGUGCCGGAGUUGGUGGUUCCCUCCCUGUAUGCGGAUGUGGCCGGCGUUGCUGUGGAGACCUUAUCCUGCAACUACACGGCCCUCUGAGGGCUUCAGGUGGGCUAUGACCAUGUGCUCAGCCCCGGGGGCUCUGGAACCCCUUCCCCCCUGAAGAGAUCCUGGGCCUAUGUCCACCCCCAGGGCAGUGGACGAAGCAGGCAUCCACCAUGAC